AUGUUGCACUUACAGGAAAAUUUUUGGCAGAAUGUGCAGGAAGUAUGGCAGAAAUUUAGGGGGCACAUGGAAAAUGAGGAAGAUGAUAAUAUCAUAGCGACAUUGUGUGGGGGGGAAGACGAUGAAGACGGAGAAGCCGGGAAACUGGAUGCGCAGACUAAAGCUGUGUGCGCGUUAGCACUGAAGGCAUUAUGUUUUAAACAUGGUAUUUCCCUAGGCAUGAGGCAAUCAGGAAUACCGGGUGCACGCUCCGGGAGUAUAGAACAGAAGCAGCAUGCCAUAGAAUCAUACAUGAGGUGUAUUCUGGUAAAUAUAUUUUUGAAGAGAAUAAUAGGUCACACAUGUUUAAACACGCAAGGAGGGAACCUGGCAUUUCGGGCAGCAGAAGCACUAGUGAAAGAAGGAGAUCACAAGCAGCCUAAUAUGACAUGUCAAGAGCAGGAUAUGCAGCAUAACAGUGGGAGCACGGGAGAAACAGGCGAAUGGGAUUUAUGGCGCAUAAUGGACAGAUGGCUUGAGAGGAAUAAGUUAAAGCUGCAGGAUGGGCAGGAGGGGGUGUUAGGACCGGAUUGUACCGUCAAGAACAAGGGAAAGGGACAGCUAGACGAUGAUGUAACAGAGUUAAAAAAAGAGGUAAAGGACGAAAUACAGAAGGUGGGGGAAGAAAUAGAAACGGCGGUUAAAAAAAUUUUGGAUGCAAUACAGACAUCUCAGGAGGGUACACGUAUGCAGGAUAUAAUAAAGAAGGUGAACACCGGGGACUACUCUUCGAAAAGUUCAACAGGCAACCCGGCCCCGGCCACACCUGCCACCGCUGCCAAACCAGCACCACCAGCACCCGGCAACGGAACAAACAACGCUGCCACACCAAUAGCGGCGAAACCGGCACCACCGGGAAGUGGGACGCCGACGUCGCCAUCUGGUGGUGGUGGUGGUCGUAGUGGUGGUACGAGUGGUGCUGGUAGUACCGGAGGCGGGCAGGGGAAGCAGCACGACACACAGCAGAAGUGUCAAGGAGACAAAUUAUUGGAGUGGAGGCAAAAGGAAACAUAUGUGCAAGCUAAUUAUGGUAAACAACAUAUGGACAAAUUACAGAAGGUUUUGAAAGAUUUUAAGGAAUAUAUGGAGAAAAAUGAACAGCACGUAGAUGCGUAUGGUGUAAACUGUUAUAAUUCUGGUUGGGAAGAUAUGGACAACACAUCCACAUAUUACAAGCAGCAGAUGGUACCGGACGUAGUCAGGUGUAGACUUAUGACUAUAGCAUUGGGUUUCGCCAAUGGGUGGGGUAGACAAGACAACGCCACGCAGGACGGCGUGCACAUGGAUGAGGAAGAAGAGAAUAAACUAAGAUGUGAAGUAGCAAAUGUAUUUGGACAUUUACUGAAAAAAAAGUAUUGUGAAGGUCAACAACAAUGGUACAGAGGUAUCGAAUAUGCAUACAUUGUAAUGCAGCACAUGGGGGAUGAGAAAUUAGGAACGGGACUGCCACCUGGGCCUGUUACGGACAAGAGGUGCACAAUGUGCGGAUACGAGGGCCAUAAGCACCAUGUGCAAGCAAUAAAUUUGGACAUAGCAGAGUGGUUAUUGCAGGACGCGCAAUUACUUGGAAAAAUAGCACAGAUGCAAAGGGAAAUGCCCUGUAAUACAGAGUGGAAACAGUAUAUUAAGGAGAAGGGCAUGAACAGUACGAGUACUGAACCUACGACGGCAGAGAAACGUCAGAUAGAUCAAACAGUAGGCAAAAAAGUGAAAACGAAUGCAGCAGAAAUAAUCCAGAGGGCGACGCAAGUGGUAGAGGAGAAAAUUACAGAAUUGAACGAUAGGAACACUAGUGACAAGAGUCCAGCGAAGUCUGCACCGCCACCGAAGAAACCAGAAGCUCCACCACAACAACCACCACAGCUACCAUCAGAACCACAAGCGCCACCCGUUCCUCAGUCACCCCCAGUACCACAGUCUCCACAGGCAGGAACAGCACCGUUCUCCGAGGGGAAAGUACCUAAGGGAAGCAGUAAGGCGCCUACACCGCCGGAUUCCUCAAGUAAUACUAGUAUGUGCGCGCAAGAUAUCAAUGAAAAAACGUCCGCGGGUGCUCACCUUAUCAUUUCCUUCGGCCAAGGCUCUUCAUCCGACUGCUCAGGCAAUGGUACCCCAGGUGAAGUCGAUGUCAGUGGCCCCACGAAUACGACACAAGAAGACGCAUCAACAGCACCAGCUCCUGCACCAGCACAAGCAACACCAACAGCUCCAUCUGGUUCCAAUGGUUCACCCGGUGAAACAGGUCCAAGCGGUGCACCUGGUUCACCAGCGCCGCUCGGUGACGCGGGUACUACCGGUCCAGCUGGUAAAGAUCGUGAAGCAAACCCAGCCGAUCCGAACGCCGUCGACGGAGAAAAUAGUGACCCCCCUCCUCUCAAUCCACCCAAACCAAAAGCGGAUCUGAAUGGGGACGGUCAGGCGGGGUCGAGCGGCGACGACAAAACCACUGCAGGUGGUGUGUCUGGUGAGGAAGGAAAAGGGGGUGGGGAUGGAGGAGGUGGUAGUGCAGGCGACCCCGGUUCCCCUGCUGCAGGUUCUACUGGUCACCAAAAUCCUGGUUCCUCCGGACCAGGCACCGCAGGAGACAAUUUCGGUGUAGGUACUCCGGCAGGAGGAGGAGCUGCACCAAAGGAAGAUACUGGAAGUGGUUUAACAAAAACAGAAGAGAAGAAAGAACUAAUGAAUGACCAAAGUACCUCCUCGCCCGGCCUCACAUGGGCAGAUGUCAAGCCGUACACCCCCGUGAUCAUUCCCGCGGUUGUUGGUAUUGGGGUUAUCGCGUUUUUUCUGUGGAAGUACUUUGCGUACCUCGGAAAAAAACGACGACGAACAUAUCGAACCGUUCGUGACGUGCCGUCACCGCCACUCGACGAAGAAAUAUUGGAGCAUCUACAACGCGGCGCGCCGCCACCCGAUUACGGUCACACGAUGAUUAGGGAUAGGCAACCUGCGUCAACAUCCGCCCGAGGACAACGCCCCCCACGCGUGCAUAAGCGCACCAUCAUCGAGCUACAUCUAGAAGUGCUGCACGAAUGUGAAGCAACCGAAUGGGAAAGCGUCAAAGACGACUAUUUGCAGAUACUUGUGGAGGCGUUUGCGCAGGAGUUGAUGCGGUGCGCCCAGGGCUAUAGCAGUUCUCCGCAUGCUCCUAGCACAAACCAGGGUUUAUCAGGGAACGAUGUUUCAUCCACCCUCGAUCCAUCCACUGACAUCGAACGCACGGACGCUUCUCCACCUAAUGAAGAUGACUCCGAUCCAUGGGGUUGUAUGGAAACGAUACCGUUAGCACCGGGCCCUUGUGCACCGAAUGAAGAGGACUCCGAUCCAUGGACUUGUAUGGAAACCAUGCAGUUAGCAACGGACCGUUCUGCACCGACCGAAGACGACCGAUGGAAUUGUAUGGAAACUAUACAGUUAGAUGCACAACAGAGUCGUGCUCAUUCCAAUCCCGACAAUGCGACGUCCGCCUGCACCCAAUGGAUCCCUUGGAUUCACCGCAACAAGCACCUAUUGCGGGCGUGCACGGGGCAGCCGUGGUUUCUGCAAUUAAAAGCGGAUUGGACACAACAUGUGCGUGAGCACAUGAUGGCAGACGCAGCAUCCGGUGAGCACAGGACAGCCGCAACCCUGGAGAGGAAGAAACUGGACUUGUGGAAAGCAUGGGUCGCGAAGCAACAUGCGCUUAUGCAUAUAUAUGGUGCGGAGGCGUGGUUCCAACCUUUGUUGAAUAAUGUAGCGGAGGCGAGAGCACCGCACAAACGCGCAGUACCUAUAGCGGAAAAAGCCUUAGAAGUGGAAAAAGCAAUGGGAACAGAACAUAUACUACGAGUGCGAGUUGCACCACGCGCGCAGCCAAUGCAUCCGCCACCGCACAUGAAACAACGGUUAACGGCUCCCACAUGGAUACUGAUCCUGGCACUAGUCAUAGAACAGAGCGAGCUCGAGAGUAGUAUGCAAGAGAAGGAGUUAUAUGUGGAUGAACUACUGGACCAGCUCUGA